AUGGAAGGCUGCAGUUCUGCAACAGUUUUGAAGCUGUUUUUAUCCUGCAUCUUGUUAUUUUCUGUUUCACUAAACUGUAAAGUAGCAGCAGCCGGAGACAUAAUAGGACCCAACCAAAUCCUUAGAGAUGAUGGAAGCACUAUUGUCUCAUCUGGUGGUCAUUUUGAGCUUGGCUUUGUAACUGUAGGGAGUUCUGCAAAUCGGUAUGUGGGUAUAUGGUACAAGAAGAUAGCCGUAAAGACAAUUGUGUGGAUUGCCAAUAGGAAAGCUCCUCUUAAUACUUCAUUAAAUCUCUUGAGACUUAACAGCAACGGAAAUCUUGUCAUUCUCAAUAUUUCUGAUGAUGUGGUUUGGUCAUCAAACUCCACGGCAUCUGUGAAUAAUCCUGUCGUGCAGCUGCUGGAUUCUGGGAAUCUUGUUAUUAGAGAAGAAAGUGAGAGUGACAAGUACCUGUGGCAAAGUUUUGAUAAACCUGGCGACACUGAAUUACCGGGUGCUAAGCUCGGGUGGAAUUUGGAAACUGGGCUAGAAAGACACCUCACUUCUUGGAGGAGUCUUGAUGAUCCAUCUCCAGGUGAAUAUACAAAUUAUAUUGAACGUAAUGGAUUUCCACAGCAAAUGAUAAGGAAAGGUUCUGCUAUAGAUUCACGUGCGGGGCCUUGGAAUGGCCUUAGAUUUUCUGGCACGCCCAACUUGAGCCCCAACCCAAUUUACAAGUAUGAUUUUGUUUCUAACGAUAAGGACUUAUAUUAUAUUUACGAAGCUGUUAAUAGUUCAGUUUAUACAAGGAGGGUGUUGAAUCCAUCUGGUCAUAUACAAAGAUGGGUAUGGAUUGAAAAAUCUCAAAUUUGGCAGCCUUAUUCUUCUGCACCAAUAGAUGAUUGUGAUUAUUAUAGCGUAUGUGGGGCUUAUGAGAGCUGUAACAUUAACACUUCUCCUGUGUGUAUGUGCUUCAAUGGUUUUCAGCCAAAAGAUAAAAAUGGAUGGGAUGCUGCAGACUGGUCUAGUGGCUGUGCAAGGAAAGAAAAACUGAGUUGUCAGAAUGGAGAUGGAUUUGUUAAACAUUCAGGCUUGAAAUUACCAGAUUCUCAGCGUUCUUGGUUUGAUAAGAAUAUGAGCCUUGGUGAGUGCGAGAAAGUGUGCUUGACCAAUUGCUCAUGCACAGCUUAUGCAAAUUCAGAUGUUAGAGGUAGUGGAAGCGGAUGCUUGUUAUGGUUUAAUGAGCUUAUUGAUAUUAGAUAUCAGAAAGAGAAUGGUCAAGAUCUUUACAUAAGAAUGGCUGCAUCUGAAUUAGGUAUUCUGAGUGUUUUCAUUUACUAG